GUCCCAGUCCACGUCCUGGCAACGGGCAUGGGAUGCUUCGAACACUUGCGAGUUUCCUGAAAUCAGCCACGGCCAUGUCGUCCCCACCGCCAACGUCAACCGUCGCCAAACGAGUCCCGAUCCCGAAGCAUGGCGUUGAUUAUCGUGGCAAGGUCGUGCUGGCGCCCAUGGUGCGCUCCGGCGAGCUGCCAUCGCGUCUGCUCGCCUUGAAAUACGGCGCGGACCUCGUCUGGGGCCCUGAGACAAUCGACAGAUCCAUCAUCGGCAGCACGCGCAAAUUCAACCCCACAACCUCCACAAUCGACUACACCCGCACCUCGCAAUCCCAACUCGCCCUCCCGCCCGAAAUGCGCACCGAAAGCACCCUCUACAGCAUCCACCCCGCCCUCGAAUCCAAACACCUCAUCUUCCAACUCGGCACCGCAAGCCCCACCCUCGCCGUCCAAGCCGCCCAGCUCAUCGCCGCAGACGUAGCCGGCAUCGACGUCAACGCAGGCUGUCCCAAACCCUUCAGCACAGCAGGCGGCAUGGGCGCCGCCCUGCUCAAAACCCCAGACCUCCUCUGCGCCAUCCUCGAGGCCCUCGUCGCUAACAUCUCCCCCGUCUUCCACAUCGGCAUCAGCGUCAAGAUCCGCCUUCUCCACGACCCCGCUGACACCGAGGCCCUCGUCCGCAGACUCGUGCGCACUGGCAUCACUGCUCUGACCGUCCACUGCCGCACCACCCCCAUGCGGCCCCGCGAACGCGCCAUCCGCGACCAACUCCGCAUGAUCGUCGCCAUCUGCCACGACGCCGGCGUCGCAUGCGUCGUGAACGGCGAUGUAGCAGACCGUGCGCACGCCCUCGCCCUCAUGGCCGAGUACGGUGCCGACGGCGCCAUGAUCGCCACCGCCGCAGAGAAAAACCCAAGCGUGUUCCGGCCCGUGGCGGAUGGUGGUGUGUUGCCCUGGCGCGUGGUGGCGGCAGAGUAUAUCCGCACUGCGAUGCGCGUGGGCAAUAAAUGGGGUAAUACAAAGUAUCUCCUGCAGCAGAUUGUGCCGGGCAAGGAGCGGGCGUAUAAGGACUUGAUGCCGUGUCGCUGUUAUGCGGCUGCGGUGGAGGUGUUGCGGGGGCAUGCUGGGGAUGGUGAUGUGGGAGGCAAUGGUGAUGUGGUAGGGGAGGCGGAUGUGCAGCUUGCGGCGCAAACAGACGCCCUGCUCGGUAUUCCGUACGGGCGCGCGAGUGAGUCGAAAACGGAGAAGAAGGCGCGGAUCAAGGAUACGAGGGCCGAGUAUAAGCGGGUUGCGGCGGCGUAUGCGUUGAGUAAGGGGGAGGGGGAGGGGGAGGGGGAGGGUGGGGAGGAGGUAGAUGUGCAAGAGGACGGUGGGGAAGAGCAGGUUGCGCGGUAUGGGGACGACACACAACAACAGCACCACGCGAAACGCCCAUCUGUCAGCAAGGAAGCAGAAGCAGAAGCAGAAGCAGAAGACAAAAAAGCAGGCGGUGAAGCAAAAGUCAACAUCUCGCCCGAACAAGACAGUACCAGCACCAAUAGCACCAACAGCACCAGCGAGCACAUAGACAAAAAGAUCAAACUACCCCCUUUGCCCGCCUCUUCCGACGCCGCUACAGCUGCUGGGAUGCAGAGUAUAGCUGUAUGAAGUGUGAUGCACACGUCGUGAACGUGGUAAUUAGACUGGAGGGGGUCUUUGAAAGGGGGGGGAAAGGUUAGAGAUAGAGGGAGAUAUAAAGGCGCUUUGAUCCUGGUCAAAAUCAAACAAUUUCAACUUGAAAUUCAGAGACUGGUUCGAGUUCGAUCUGGUUUGUUUGGCUGAUAGACAGACAAUAAAACAGUUUUUGUGGACGUGAGCGUCAUAGUGAACGUGAAUAGAUUGGGAACUGGGAAUUGGGAACUGGAAAUUGGGGAAUUGGGGAAUUGGGAAUUGGGAAUUGGGAUCAGAGUGUCGAGACUAGGGCGUCAAGAUCAGAGACUCAAGGCUGGAGAGUCAAGGCUGGAGAGUCAAGACUGGGCAUUUGGAUUAUGAAAUGGAAGAUCCAAGAUCAAUUUGGGGCGGUGGAUAUUUCUGUCUGCAUAUGCAUGAAUCGAAGAAUGAAUCGAAGAAUGAAUCGAAGAAUGAAUCGAAGAAUGAAUCGAAG